AUGGCGGAAGUGGAGCAGACGAAGAAGCAUACUUUCCGGAAGUUCACCUAUCGGGGUGUUGACCUUGACCAGCUCCUCGACAUGUCCUACGAGCAGCUGAUGCAGCUGUACAGCGCCUGCCAGCGCCAGCAGCUCAACCGUGGCCUGCACCGCAAGCAGCACUUCCUCCUCAAGUGGCUGUGCAAGGCCAAGAAAGAGGCCCUGCCCAUGGAGAAGCCAGAGGUGGUCAAGACCCACCUGCGACACCAGAAAUGGUGGGCAGCAUGGUUGGCAUGUACAAUGGGAAGACCUUCAACCAGGUGGAAAUCAAGCCUGAAAUGA